AUGGCGAUAAAACGAGGCAUUCCUUAUCGCCGUGGAUAUCUCCUUUAUGGACCUCCAGGCUGUGGUAAAACGAGUUUCAUUACUGCACUAGCCGGAGAAUUACAAUUCAGCAUAUGUUGCCUAAAUUUAAGUGAGCGAGGACUUACGGAUGAUCGAUUAAAUUAUUUAAUGAAUGUGACACCGCAACAAUCAAUUGUUUUAUUGGAGGAUAUUGAUGCUGCCUUUGUGUCUCGUGAAGAGAGAAAAGAUGUCCAACUUGCCUAUGAUGGAUCAAGUAGAUUGACUUUUAGUGGACUCUUGAACAUGCUUGAUGGUGUAGCUUCAUCGGAGGCGCGAAUACUUUUUAUGACCACAAACUACUUAGAAAGACUAGAUCCUGCCCUCAUAAGACCAGGUCGAGUUGAUUAUAAAGAAUAUAUUGGCUAUGCAAGUGAAGAACAAAUUAUUAAAGCCUUCACCAGGUUUUAUCCGCAAGAAGAUACCGAAAUGGCUAUUCAGUUUAAAGACAGACUUCUGUUGGAGACAAAGCAGGUUUCAAUGGCUAUGUUACAAGGAUACUUUUUAUUGUACAAAAAUAAUCCAAAAGAGGCAUUAAAAAACAUAAAUCAAUUUAGGAAGCGAAUAUGACAACAUAAAGUGAUAUCAAACCUGCCACCUGAUCAGACCGAAUUGUCUUCAUAUUCAAAAGCAUUUACACCAUCAUUUUCAUCCUCACUUCACAAGGUUACUGCAAUCUGAUGGAAGAUUGAGAGAAAAUGAUUUAAAAAAUUUGAAAAUUUUUUAUCAUUAUUCAUGGACAAAUCACUUCUGCGUUGUCAUUGCAGAAUAAUUUACUUUUUCUCAACUUAACCAUUCAUAAUUUUUGAUUAAACAAAUUUUGUGUUUAUGGUUGUGAAUUGAAAAGACGCAUUUUAUUACUUAUAAAUAAGGAGUCUGUUAUUCUGUUUUUGUGUCAAUCACAAUCAAGUGUCUAGAUAGUUUAACAAUAGUAAAAAAUUAAUUUUAUGUCAAAUAUGUUUUUAAAUAUGAAUAAAGCGAAAAUUAGAGUUACA